UUACAUUCGUCGCUGGCUCUGGUAACAACACGCGGAAACGUUUCGAGCAACGAGCUAGAGAGAAUUCGCUAAGCAGGCGGCUAACAAAAAUAAAUUCAAAUCAAAUUUAAUAAAAUCGACCGUCAACGAAAAUUGGCAGGUGCAAACGAUCAAAAUUGAAAGUUACUAGAACGCGUCGAUUGGCCAGUGAACGAAGCAAGUUAAGUAACUUUUGUGUCUUUACGAGUUGUUCAUUGUGGCUUAAUCUGUGGCUUUAGUUGUUGGCUAAUUGUGCGAGUAAAAGACACAAAAAUCAGCGAACAGCAGCAACAACAACAACACAACAACAACUGUUCAGGCAACGCUCACAUUUCGCAUGCGCACAGUUUGUCUAGUUUGUAUACGUGUAUUAGUGUAUCUAUGUGCAUGUGUGUGUGAAAUUGUGUGUGUGUGUGUGUGUCUGUCUCAAUCUUUGCUCAAUCGCAAUCUUUGGGCAUUGCCAAAACAGGUUAACUAAAAGCAAACGUGUUCUUUACGUUUGUUGAUUUUGCAAACGCAAAACGCGCCAAACUUAUUCAGCGACGACGACAACAACAACAACAACAACGACACAGUGCACAUAUACAAGCAUUUUGUUUACAUUUUGUGUGCAAAACUUUAACUACAGCAACAAGCAAAACUUGCAUCAGCAACAAACGCAACACCAACAUCCGCAACUUUAAGAACAGCCAACAACAACAACAGCUUAAAAUAUGGACGCAGAAGCCGAUGGAGUGCCACCAACGGCGCCAGUUGCAGCUGCGACCACGGCGAACAGCGAUCUGGACUUGGCCGCCCGGCGUCGCCUCUUCAUCUCACAGCCCUCGACGCUGGCGACGCGUCGACAGCAGGCCGUCUGUGUUAGGCGCGCCCAUAAGAUGUAUGGCAGUGGCAAGAGUCCAAAUAUCGUGUUGGAUGGCCUAAAUAUGACAGUGCCCAAGGGGUCCAUCUAUGGUCUCCUGGGCGCCUCUGGCUGUGGCAAGACAACACUGCUCAGUUGCAUCGUUGGACGACGGCGUCUCAAUUCGGGCGAAAUUUGGGUGCUUGGCGGACGGCCGGGCUCACCCGGAUCCGGUGUACCCGGUCCGCGAAUUGGCUACAUGCCACAGGAGACAGCUCUUUAUGGGGAGUUCACAAUGCGUGAGACUUUAAUCUACUUUGGACUUAUUGCCGCCAUGCCCCGCAGCGACAUAGAGGAUCGCACCGAAUUUCUGCUCAAAUUGCUCAAUUUGCCAAAUGGCUCGAAAUUUGUCAAGAAUUUGAGCGGUGGACAGCAGCGUCGCAUGAGCCUGGCUGUCUCUCUGCUUCAUGAACCGGAGCUGCUCAUUCUGGAUGAGCCGACAGUGGGCGUGGAUCCGGUGCUUCGACAGAGCAUUUGGGAUCAUUUGGUGGACAUCACGAAAAAUGGCAACACAACUGUGAUAAUCACCACGCAUUACAUCGACGAGUGUGCCCAGGCGCAUGUGAUUGGAUUGCUGCGCGGCGGUAAAAUGCUGGCUGAGGAGUCACCAGACUUUUUGCGCCAACAAUAUAAUGCCGAAUCGCUGGAAGAAGUAUUCCUUAAGCUCUCAGUGAUGCAGAACAUGGGCAAGCGUCGGCGGUCCUCUAUUGCACAGGAAAUUGUGGAGCAGGUGACAGUGCCAGCCAUAUCGAAUCCAGCGCUGGACAUGUCCGAUGAACAGCAUGCCGCCGAGAUCUCUGGCGAGUUCGGUGAUAAUAUAUCUAUGUCUUCGGCGGUGCGUGAUCCCAUUAGCAGCACAGCGCCGGCUGCACCACCGCUGCCACCUGCGCAGGAGAUGCCGACAUCCUUCUGGUACAACCUGCAUGUGAUGCAAUCGCAUCACUUGCAUGCGCUCAUCUGGAAAAACUUUCUCUGGAUGAUGCGCAAUGUGGGGAUAAUGCUGUUCAUAGUGGGUCUGCCGGUGGUGCAGAUAUUACUUUUCUGCUACGCGAUUGGCCAUGAUCCGACUGGCCUUAAAUUGGCCGUGGCAAAUCACGAGAUGUCCGAGGAAAUGAUUGUGCAACAAUUCUGUCCAGUGCACACCGGAUGCAAUCAGACGAUGCUCAGCUGCCGUUAUCUCGAUAUGCUGGUCAAGAACAAGAGCAUGGUUGUGAAAUUCGUGAAUGACGAUGAAGCCGCCUACGAGCAGGUACGUCGCGGAUACGCCUGGGCCGCCCUUGUCAUACAGCCCAACUAUACGAAUGCCCUAGUCGAACGAGUCGAGGAUGGCCGCUAUGCAGAGGAUAGCACCGUAGAGGCAUCUGAUUUAGGCGUGCGCAUGGAUUGGUCGAAUCAACAGAUUUCUACACUACUUUAUCGCGACCUGCAGUACACUUUCUUUAGCUUUGUGGAGAACUUGCUGAGCGAUUGCAAUGUGAAUCCCAAGCUGGGGCGCGUGCCCGUGGAUUUCGCGCAGCCCAUCUAUGGCUAUAGGAAUCCGAAUUUCACAGACUUUGCGGCACCCGGCGUCAUACUGACCAUUAUCUUUUUUCUGUCGGUGGCCAUUACGUCGGGCGCAAUGCUGAUUGAACGCAAUGAAGGCAUGCUUGAGCGUUGCCUGGUGGCAGGAAUAACAGGACCAGAAAUAUUGCUCUCGCAGGUCGUCACACAGUUCACGGUGAUGCUCAGUCAGACGGUGUUCGUGCUCAUUGUUAGCUUCUACUUCUUUGAGCUGACUCUGGUGGGUGACAUCUGGCUGGUGGUCGCGCUGUGCAUACUCAACGGACUCUGUGGCAUGACCUUUGGCUUUGUCAUCUCUUGCGCUGUGGAUACGGAGCGGACGGCGACAUAUGUAGCCAUGGGCUCGUUCCUGCCCAUUGUGAUGCUGUGCGGUAUUAUUUGGCCCAUCGAGGGCAUGUUUCCGCUGCUGCAGUUUAUCACCGCCUUCCUGCCACUGACCAAGCCUACAGAAUCAAUGCGCUCUAUACUGCAACGCGGCUGGGGCAUGGACAAUCCAACUGUCUACAAUGGUUUUAUUUCCAUCUCAGCGUGGGUGCUCGUCUUUCUGGUGCUCACCAUUCUGCUACUGAAGUUUAAAAAGGGCUAGGACGAGAACAGCGCCAAUAGUUAUUGCCUAUGAUUUUAUUAGGUUGUAAGGGUAGUCCUUAGUUUUCUAUAAGCCUAGCGAGUGUAUGUCUCUUGUACAAUGUGUUAGUCAACCCAAUUAUUUGAUACAACUCUCUAUAUUUAAGGUUCCGGAUGUCACAUGUUCAUGGAAUAAUUGUGCCUUUUAUUUUUAAGGUUUCAUAUCAGCUAUCACCUCUCACCUACAUUUUCUCAUGCUCAUUCACGUUACACCUUUUUCGGUAUAAAUACAAAAAUCAAUGUUAAAUUCAAUAACACAAA